AUGCCUGUGACGCAGUCCCUCGACAAGGACCUUGAGCUGAUCGAGCUCUGGGGUGGAGCCGCCAAAGAUGCCUGCUUGGCCGAAUUCAUCACAGGUGUGGCGUCUAUCCUCUGGUCCUUAAAGGGCACCUGUGGCCCCGAGCGUGACCCCAAGCGCAUGAGGAUCUGGAGCCUGAUUCAACAGCUUCAGUGUAGUGUCUUCAAGGACCCCCCUUACGACCAGAAGGUGGCCAACCAGAUCCGUAUCUGGCUGAAUGAUCACUUGAACGUCGAGGGAAUCGACCUGACUCUCGACUUUGAGCGGCUUCUGUUCACAACGAAAAAAGAGGCGGAGGCCAUCAAGCAGCACGUGGCUAGAAUCAAGGAGGCCCAGGAGGAGCAGCGCAAGAGAGAGGGAUGGGUUGUGAUCGAGAGGGAGGACGCUGUUGAGGAGUGGGAUUUGGUCUGA